AAGUUGCAAAACGUGAAUAAAAACUAACUUUUCUUUCGAAAUUCUAAGAAAGAAAAGUCAGAUUUGUGAGUUAUAAACUCAAAAUUAAGAGAAAAAAAAGACAGAAUUGUAAGAAAAAAAGUUGCCUUUAUUGAUUUUAUUGAUUUUUUAUCCCGUGGUGGAAACAAGCUUCCGUGAGUUAUAUAGCAAGUUAAAUCUUUCUUGAGUCCCACUGAAAGUAACACAAGUUUUUGUAUGACAUGAGGGUGAGUGAGUUUUUGGGUGAAGUAUCCCUUUAAGUUUUUGUUGGAGAAACAUUGAUGUAAUGAGAACAUUGAAAGGCCAUUGAUCCCAGGAGAAAGAGAAAUAUAAGUGCAGGACAAAGAGACGAUGUGUCCUCUCGAGGCAAGACGUUUCCUGAGGAAACAGAACUCAAUGGAGAGCCUCACCUCACUUCCUCGGGAAGCGAUGAUUCACAGGUCCUUACGAGCAGUCGUCUUCAUUUAUUCACUUAUUUAUCUACUUGCAAUCUGACCUACUUCAUGCGGCUGUGUGAUUUUUAAUGUUUCUGCUCACCAAUGCUGCUUUUGCUUAAUUAAAAAUACAACAAAAAACAAUGAAAUUGAUAUUUGAUAUUUUACUGUCACUUUUGAUCAAUUUAAUGCACUUUUGCUGAACACGAGUAUUCAUCUCUUUCAAAAAAAAUCAUACUGACCACAAACCGUGGUGCACAUAUUAUAUAAAACUUGACUCAAAGCACUGAAAUAAGAAACAAGUUGAGGAAAAUGUAAACAAAAAGCCUUUGGAAGCUCAAGAAUGUGAAGUAUCCACCGUAUCUCUCCUCUCAAGCGUUCCUCCAGCAAUACUUUACUCAGAAAUACAAAUUCUGUCUUCAUUUAAUCACCCUCAUAUUCAUAAAGCUCUCAAAACUCAUCCUCACUUCUGCUGCAUGUUCAAAUGUAACAACCACAAUUAAAUAUACGUAAGCGCAAAUGAGAUUUCAGAUGAAUUAUUUACUUACAUUUCAGUCUGUUUAUCAUACAAAGCUAUUGUGUGACUUCAGAAGGCUUAAUAUAUUGUUUAAGUAAUAUAAAUGCUACUUUUGUUGUGCUUUUAUGGAUGUUGACAGCCCCUGAUCACUAUAUGGCAUUGUUGCAUGGAAGCGAGCAGCAUUGACAUUCUUCAAAACAUCUCCUUUUGUGUUCUACAAAAAAAGCAAGUUAUCCAGGUUUGGGUCACACGGGGCGCUUGCUGAAAUCCCUGUGCUUCACCAGUAUGACGUUCCUGCUGCUGCACAUCAUCUACCAAAUCACAAUCAACAGUCUGUUAGCAGGAGACAGCAUCGAGCCCAGCUUCAACUGUUCUUCAUGGGAGAGAUCGAUACGGCAGCUGGGCUUUGAAAGCGUCCGAGGUGCAGACGCCGGGAACGGCAUCCGAGUGUUCAUCCCGGACAUCGGCAUGUUCGUGGUGGGUCUGGUCACGUGGCUCCUGUGCCGCAGUCUGGAGAAGCCUCCGCUGAAGGAUGUGUCUCAGCACAACAGCGACUUUGAGCUGGACAAUCAGGAAAAGGAGGAUGAGGAAGAAGACAAGAAAAGCGAGAAACUGGAGCUUGAGGAUGAGCUGCUGUUCGAAGACUUCGAGCUGUGCGAUGAAGACUGUGAACUUCCUGAGGAGGAGGAAGUGGAUGUAGAGGAUGGAGAACUUGAGGAGGCCGACGUCGAAGAAAGUACCAAAAUGAAGAUCCUGCGGCAAAUAGCAGACGUGGCGUCCAAACUCAAAGAAAUCGUUGGAAAUCUGAUUACCACUGCAGGAAAAGUAGUUGUAACCAUAUUAUUGGGCCUCACAGGUAUGAUGUUGCCUUCUCUGACCUCCACUGUGUAUUUCUUCACCUUCCUGGGCCUGUGCACCUGGUGGUCUUUCUGCCGCACGUUCGAUCCGCUUCUCUUCAGCUGUCUGUGUGUCCUGAUGGCCAUCUUCAGCGCAGGACACCUCAUCAUGCUCUACCUCUACCAGUUCCAGUUCUUCCAGGAGGCUGUUCCGCCCGGAAACACUUAUGCCAGUCUGUUCGGCAUCUCUCCAGCGGUUCAGACGGACUGCUCUCACACCUGGAUGUUCAGAGUCAACCCUGACCUGGAGUGGCACCACUUUGUCAAUCCCAUCAUGCUCCUGGUGCUGUAUUACACCCUGGCCACGCUCAUCCGCCUCUGGCUGCAGGAGUCAGAAGACAUGGUCAAAGAGAACGAGGGAGAGACUGAGGAACGAGAGGAACCAGAAUCUGCUGGAAGCACUAUGGCCGUCUACACAGCGGAGAAGAAGAGGCAGCUGUGGCGAAUGGCUCAUUAUCGCACAGAUGAGAGACAUCUGCUCACCACACAGGACGGCUACAGCACACCUGAGGUAUUGAUGGUGACAUCAAACGGAGCCUCGCUGGACUUCACGUCUGUCCCGCAUGAGAACGGGCCGAAGCUCUACUCAACCCCUCAUUACAGACCCGAGUCUGAUCCGCAGAAAGUGGACUGCGGUGUUUACAAGAUUGACUCGGUGUAUGUUGAGCUUCCUGAGGUUCCGCAGCCGUUCGGUGUCGUUCGUGUGAACGCGGCGGUCAAGGCCUUCAGGUUCAUCAUGAAGCAGAGCUACAUCUGCGCUCUCAUCGCCAUGAUGGCUUGGAGCAUCACGUACGUGAGCUGGCUGACCUUCGUCUUCCUCAUCUGGUCCUGUAUUCUGUGGAUGGUGAGGGACCGGAGGAAAUACUCAAUGAUCACCUCUCCGUUCAUGGUGUUUUAUGGGAACUUGCUCAUCAUCCUGCAGUACAUCUGGAGCUUCGAGUCGCUGCAGCCCGUUCCUGGACUCUUCCUGAAGAAAGAUGUGCCUUUCCGGGAACUGGGAUCUAAAACUUUGUGCCUCCUCAGUUUCUGGCUGCUGGUGAGGCAGUUUUUGACUGAGAGGAGAGCGAAACAGACGGAUGAAACGCAGCUGUCUGAUGUCAAAGUGGAGGGACACACAAUCGAGGGUCUGGAGGACGAGGCCGGUGGGCACAGAGAGAUGAUGGACGUGUUGGGCCGUACAGUCAUGGCUAUGCUCAACAAAUACUGGAUCUACAUCUGUGGAGGAAUGUUCUUCUUCGUUAGCUUUGAGGGACGCAUCGUCAUGUACAAGAUCAUUUACAUGAUGAUGUUUCUCUUCUGCGUGGCACUUUAUCAGUUGCACUAUGAGAGGUGGCGCUGGAUGCUGAAGUAUUUCUGGAUGUCAGUGGUGGUUUACACCAUGCUGGUGCUCAUUCUGGUCUACACCUUCCAGUUUGAGUCCUCCAUUAACGUGUGGUCCAACAUGACAGGCAUGAGCAGAGAGAAGCUGGAAGAUCUCGGUCUGGAGAAGUUCUCGGUUCCAGCUCUGUUCACGCGGAUCUUCAUUCCCACCUCGUUCCUGCUGGUCUGCAUCCUGCAUCUGCACUAUUUCCACGAGCGCUUCCUCGAGCUCACCGACAUCAAAUCUGUGGCCGACAAACAGAAGAGCACUAUCUCCAGGCUUGUUCAUCUGGAUGGCAGUCUGGUGGAUAUUUCCAUGGUCAAACCUUCGUUCAACUCCAUAAACGAGGAGGAGAUUGAGGAGAGAGUAGACCUGGAGAAAGAGGAAGAUGAUGUUAAACAUUGGGAGGAAGAGAGGAUCUCUGAGCCACACUUCAUGUCUGAAAGCUUCAGCUGCUCGAUGACGGCGGAUCCUGAGCCGGAGCAGGGGUCAGAGCUGAAGAGUAAGUGGCAUCUGGUGGUGGAGCGUCUGACGGUGCUGUUCCUGAAGUUCCUGGAGUACGUGCAGAAGCUGCAGCUCUUCAUCUGGUGGCUGCUGGAGCUUCACAUCAUCAAGAUCGUCUCGUCCUACAUCAUCUGGGUCUCGGUCAAAGAGGUGUCUCUGUUUAACUACGUGUUUCUGGUGAGCUGGGCCUUCGCUCUGCCCUUCAGUCAGUUCAGACCGCUGGCGUCCAGUGUCUGCACCGUCUGGACCUGCGUCAUCAUCGUCUGUAAGAUGCUGUACCAGCUGACCUCCAUCAACCCAUCCAUGUACUCCAGGAGCUGCAGUAUGCCUGAGAACUACACAGAAGCUCAGCGCAUAGACAUGGCCAGGUCUCUGCUCUACAGCGGCCCGCUGGAUCCGGCCAACUGGAUCGGCCUCAGGAAGUUCUCUCCGCUGCUGGAGAACCUGAGGAAUAACUUACUAAUGCUGGCUCUCUUGGCGUUUGAAGUGACCAUUUACCGUCACCAGGAUUUCUACCGUAUGAAAAACAACCUCACCCCUCCGGUCACAAAAACCAUUUUUCACAACAUCACACGGCAGCAUCUGGACGACGGCAUCGUUAACUGCGCCAAAUAUUUCAUCAACUACUUCUUCUACAAAUUUGGUCUUGAGACCUGUUUUCUGUUAGCGGUGAAUGUGAUCGGCCAGCGGAUGGACUUCUAUGCCAUGCUGCACGCGUUCGGUCUGAUUGUGGUGAUGUAUCAGCGCAGGAGAAAAGCCAUCGCCCGCGUCUGGUCCAAGUACUGCUGCUUUCUGGCCUGCAUGUUAGCCUUCCAGUACCUGAUGUGCAUCGGCAUCCCUCCUGCGGCCUGCACAGACUAUCCAUGGAGACGUCCGUCUUCCAGCAUGGACUCAAACGUCAUCAAGUGGCUCUACUUCCCCGACUUCCACACCAAACCCAACUCCCUCUUCCUCCUCUAUGACUUCAUGCUGCUGCUGUGCGCGUCGCUGCAGGGCCGUGUGUUCGAGGAGGAGAGCGUGACGGCCGUGAAGCUGCAGGCGGGUGAUAAUGUGGAGAUCUGUCGAGAUCUGGACGCUGCCAGCUUCAGCCAGCACAACCCUGUGCCCGACUUCAUCCACUGCAGGUCGUAUUUGGAUAUGCUGAAGGUGAUCAUGUUCAGCUACCUGUUCUGGUUCGUCCUGACCAUCAUCUUCAUCACGGGCACCACACGCAUCAGCAUCUUCUGUAUGGGAUACCUGGUCGCCUGUUUCUACUUCUUGAUUUUUGGGGGCGAGCUGUUACUGAAGCCAAUCAAAAGCAUCCUUCAUUACUGGGACUUCCUCAUAGCAUACAACGUCUUCGUAAUCACCAUGAAAAACAUUCUCUCAAUCGUGGCGUGUGGAUAUAUAAAAGCACUGGUGGCCAAUCACUGCUGGCUGAUCCAGUUAUUCAGUCUGGCCUGCACUAUAAAAGGAUAUUCAAAGCCGGAGCAGAACGCAAAUAAACAGUGUGAGCUGCCGAGUGACGAGGCCGGGAUCAUCUGGGACAGCAUCUGCUUCGCUUUUCUCCUGCUGCAGAGGCGAGUUUUCAUGAGCUACUACUUCCUACACGUCGUAGCUGACAUCCGUUCCUCUCAGGUCCUCGCCUCCAGAGGAGCGGAGUUGUUUCAGGCGACCAUUGUGAAGGCGGUUAAAGCCAGAAUAGAAGAAGAGAAGAAGUCCAUGGAUCUGCUGAAGAGACAGAUGGACCGCAUCAAAAGCCGACAGCAGAAGUUUAAGAGAGGAAAAGAGAGGAUGCUGUCUUUAGUGCAGGAAAGCGGGGAACGCCACUCAGUAGCCAAGGAGGAAGAGGAGGAUGACGAAGGAGAGAGCAGCAAAGAGAAGAAGAAAGACAAAAGAAAGCAUUGGUGGAAGCCUUGGGUUGAUCAUGCGUCCAUGGUCCGAAGUGGCAAUUAUUACUUAUUUGAGACAGACAGUGAGGAAGAGGAGGAAGACGAGGACAAAAAGGAUGAGGAACCUCCCAAAAGAUCAGCGUUUCAGUUUGUGUAUCAUGCCUGGAUAACUGACUCAAAAACUGCCAUGAAAGAGCGAAGCAAGGAAAGACGGCGAUUCUGGCAAAGAUACACGGAGCGCAUGAACAAGAAGGACCAGAAGGAAGUGCAUGUGGCCAUUGAGGAAGGAGAUCAGGAGGAAGGUGUCACAGAGGAGGAGGUAUCUGAAGGUCCAGAUAACAUCCUGAAGCGAGUGUUUAACAUCGUGAAGUUCUCCUGGGUGCUUUUCCUGGCCCUGCUGGACAGUUUCACCGCCUGGCUCAACUCCAUCGGCCAGGAGCACAUCGACAUCUCCACCGUCCUGCGCAUCGAGCGCUGCAUGCUCACUCAUGAGGUCAAGAAGGGGAACAUUCCUUCGCGGGACAGCAUCCACACGUACUACCAGAGGCAGAUGUGCAGGCCAGCGUCCGCUGAGUCCAGCCUGGACCGGACUGAGGACGAGUACUCGGACUUCAGCCCUCUGCGGAGCCAGGCUUACAGGACGGACGGCGACGAGUCCGAUCUCUCCAGAGAAAACCUGUCCAGUGUGUACACACAGUCCACUGUGCUGUUUGAGUCUACACUGGACCAGCUUGAAGAAACCAGCGAGCGCGUUCUCAAAACCAGCCAGCGAGCUCGACCCAGACUCUGCCGCCUGCUCAGUGUAGAUGUGCAGUCGUCGUCUGCAGACAGUGCAGCGUCCAGUGAGCUGUACUCGCGGCAGGGCACCAGCGACACCGUCGAGGAGGCAGAGAUCCAGCGGGAGCUUCCAGAGCAUCCAGACAAACUCUGGAUCAGCACCUCAGAGCUGCCGCCUCCGGGAGCCGCGGACAUCCCUCCCUCGUACAGCAAAGCCACGGGCCUGGACUCAGCGGGACGCUCCGAGGGCAGGAGGCUGAGGAUACAAACCCCUGACGAUGAGAAGAGCGCCGACACACUGCUCUCAACGAGCCAUCAGCUGACCGCCAGCGAGCUGCUGAAGAGCAGGAUGUUCUACGACGAGGAGCUGGAGGCGUCUGAGCAUUUCUACCACUCUCAGCCGCAGUUCCUCCAGCUCUGCUACGCUCUCUAUAACAUGCUGGUGGCUCACUCUGAGAUGGUGUGUUACCUGGUCAUCAUCCUCAACCACAUGAUCUCCGCAUCGGUGGCCACGCUGGUGCUGCCCAUCCUCAUCUUCCUCUGGGCCAUGCUGUCGGUUCCCCGGCCCAGCAAACGCUUCUGGAUGACGGCCAUCGUCUACACCGAGGUCACCAUAGUGAUCAAGUACUUCUUCCAGUUUGGCUUCUUUCCGUUUAACCAGAGCAUAGAGCUGGACAAAUCCAAACCCUUCCACCCGCCCAACAUCAUCGGUGUGGAGAAGAAAGAGGGCUACGUCCACUACGACCUGGUCCAGCUCCUCGCGCUCUUCUUCCAUCGCUCCAUUCUGAAGUGCUACGGUCUGUGGGAUGAAGAUGAGCCCAGGUCAGGAGGUCAGACUGUGGUCUCUCAGCACACGGAUUCAGACAGCGAAGAGAAGGCCCAGUCCCGGCCGGAGAAGAGCGCCGCUGACCUCUCACCCGUCUCCACACACGUCCGUCUGCCCAGAAAACCCCUCCACAGCAGCUCGGCGGUCCGGCGGCAGAGCUCCAGCGUCUCACAGCGCUCGGCCCGAUCUAAAGCAGGCAGCGGCGGCACGCGGACGAGUGUGCGUUCACUGAGCGCUCAGCAGAAGAGCCGCAAGGAGCUCGUUCUAGAGAAGCUCAGAGAACAGCUGAUCAAAGCACAGCGGUUCACUAUCAAAACGAUUCUGGAUAUCUACAUUCCCAUUCGGCAGUUCUUCUAUAACCUGAUCCACCCGGAGUACAGCGCCGUGACCGACGUCUACGUGCUCAUGUUUCUGGCCGACACGGUCGACUUCAUCAUCAUCGUUUUUGGAUUUUGGGCUUUCGGGAAACACUCUGCUGCGGCUGACAUCACUUCCUCUCUGUCAGAGGACCAGGUUCCCGAGGCGUUUCUGGUGAUGGUGCUGAUCCAGUUUGGCACCAUGGUGGUGGACCGUGCGCUGUACCUGAGGAAGACCGUGAUGGGGAAGGUCAUCUUCCAGGUCAUCCUGGUCUUCGGCAUUCACUUCUGGAUGUUCUUCAUUCUCCCAGGGGUCACUGAGAGGCGUUUCAGUCAGAACACAGUUGCCCAGCUCUGGUACUUUGUGAAGUGCAUCUACUUCGGUCUGUCUGCCUAUCAGAUCCGCUGCGGUUACCCCACCCGCGUGCUGGGCAACUUCCUCACCAAGAGCUAUAACUACGUCAAUCUCUUCCUCUUCCAAGGGUUCCGGUUGGUGCCGUUCCUGACGGAGCUGCGGGCGGUGAUGGACUGGGUUUGGACCGACACCACGCUCAGUCUGUCCAGCUGGAUCUGUGUGGAAGACAUCUACGCUCACAUCUUUGUGCUCAAGUGCUGGAGGGAGUCGGAGAAAAGGUAUCCUCAGCCUCGAGGACAGAAGAAGAAGAAGGUGGUGAAGUAUGGGAUGGGAGGGAUGAUCGUGAUGCUGCUCAUCUGCAUCGUCUGGUUUCCUCUGCUCUUCAUGUCUCUGGUCAAAUCUGUGGCUGGAGUCGUCAACAAACCGCUGGACGUGUCUGUCACCAUCACGCUGGGCGGCUUUCAGCCCAUCUUCACAAUGAGUGCGCAGCAGAAUCAGCUGAAGGACGUCACUGACAGAGAUUUCAUAAGCUUCAUGAAUUCAUACAGACACAUUCCUAGUGCACUGCAGUUCUUGGAGGCGUAUACAGCGGAGGACGUGACUGUGGCCGAGCUGGAAGGAAGCUCAAACUCUCUCUGGACCAUCAGCCCUCCCAGCAGGAAGAACCUGAUGGACGUCUUGAGCAAAGAGGACCAGUUUCCUGUGACCAUGUCCUGGAGCAUCCAGAGGAAUCUGAGUCUGGGAGCAAAGGCUGAAUUUGCAGUGGACAAACACAUCACAUAUCUGGACAUGAACACUAGACAAGAGCUGAUAGCGUUGCUCAAUGGAACCAGAAAUAAACCUGUGGUCAUAGAGCAAGUAUUUCCCUGCUUCAUUCGAGCACCGAGUGACUCAAACGCCAAACCAGUAGAUCAGCUUUAUACAGGUGAGGGUUAUAAGAGCAUUCUGCUGGACUUGGAGAGGUCUCACAACGGCAGUGAAGACAUUCAGGAGUGGUGGAUUGUGGACCAGCCGUCGGCAGGGAAGAUCCACAUGAGAUCCGAGCCAAAGCUGGAGAAGAAGAGAGAGGCAGGACUGCAGCUGUACGUCUUCAGUGAUAAAGUCAGUCCUCCCAGCCUGGGCUUCCUCGCAGGUUACGGUAUCAUGGGCCUCUACGCAUCCGUGGUGUUGGUGAUUGGGAAAUUCGUCCGCGAGUUCUUCAGCGGCAUCUCGCACUCCAUCAUGUUCGAAGAGCUUCCAUGCGUCGACCGCAUCCUCAAACUCUGCACCGACAUCUUCCUCGUGCGGGAAACCGGCGAACUGGAGCUGGAGGAGGACCUGUACGCCAAACUCAUCUUCCUUUACCGCUCGCCAGAGACCAUGAUCAAAUGGACGAGGGAGAAGACCAAAUGAGCCUGCUGGGAUUGUCGGAAACCCAGAGAUCCCAAAGAAGAAGGAUGCCGCUUCUCGCAGGAAGCGACGUUAAGACUGUGAGACAGAGACAAACUCGUCGCAAGAGGUUCGACAUACAAUGUGACCUACAGGUGAAACAGCUGUACCAAAGAGCCCUGAUUCGGAAGCUACCCGAUUAAGAAUGAGCUCUAGCGCCACCUGUCUGUCGGGAGAUUGGUUAGUCGCGCAUUGUGCAAUAUGCUGUCCUGGUAGCUGGCCGUAAACUUGAACAAAGAAAGGAGACGGUGACUGAACACUAGCCACUUUUUUCUUCAGAGAAACCUGGACGCAGAAGUGCUUGGGUUUGUAAGACUACGCAACAUUGAAAUCAUGAUCUAUCCUCGCUUGAUCUUUAGGCUUGAACGGAGGACUGAAGGGUUCUCAGGAAGAGUAUCCGCUCUUCAGGAUAUCACUUUAGUGACACGUCGGUGUGAUUGUGGAUCAAUAUCAUGAGCAUAAAGCACACUCUGGAAACCAACUAUCAUCUUAUUUGUCCGUCUACCUGUUGCACUUUUAGUUUUUGUUACAUGCAUUUCAAUGAUCAUUUUGUAUGCAUAAAAUGUCUUACAGAAACUCAGAACUAAAAUAUGCAAAAAUCACAGAUUCUCUUUAUUCAGUGGUGUCGUGAGACCAUGCAAAUCCAGAAUGAACAGAAAUUGUUCCCUGCAAUUUCAAAGCACACCUUCUCCAUUAAAACAAAAAAUAAACCAAAAUUGAGUUUCUCGUGUUCAGAUAAUCUUAAGGUAUUUCAUGCAUUUAUUUGCAGCAUGCUGCUUCAUCUUCUCAUGAUGUUCCAUAUGACAAGACUAAGCUGAGUGGAAUAAGUUUAAACAAUAUUGAAGCUACAAACACAAUGUACGGUUAAUACAUUCCCUCUUUUGGUUAGACAGGCACUGCUAUUUGAUUUCCAGCAUGUAGUAUAAUUUAAAACGAUGACUUGUGUAGUAUUCCAGCACAACUCAAAGUUGUAAAGAAAUACUGAUUCACCUACAGAUGAUCCCAUUGAACCGUAAAGCUGUUGGUCAGAUUUGGGUUUUUGAAGCUUGUUUCCACCAUGCAAUAAAAAAAAAAAA